UUCCCGUGAGGAAUGCUACGAACUAGAAAAUUGUACUCGCUACGAAGAAGCAGGUACCAGGCACUAGGCAUCAGUUCGCCUAUCUCCCGGCAAUGGUCGUUCAGCAUGGGAUGAUCGAUCUCCUAUAUCUAUCACCGGACUCUACGCCAUCGAUAAUCAAGUUGAAAGUCCCCAUUCUAUAUCAUCUAGGACAGUCCUCUCUAAGCCUCCCUUCAUAUAGUCUCGUUCGGCAGAGCUCCUCUCUACUUAAUCAUAUAAUAGCCAUAAUAUCCCGUGCCGCUAACCGUUCGACGCCAUGCCCCAAUUCAUAUUUGUCGAGCUUCCUAGCUUCCGCAUCAAGAACGCCAGUGGACAUGCAGUACGCCUGAACUAUGCACAGCUUGGGUUGGUAGGUGCUCUGUACCAAUUUGUGCGCAGCGGCCUCCGCACUAGCGACCAGGUCGACUUGUCGGCAUCCUUACUCUUUGCGGACGGAGAAGCAGAUCUUUGGACGGCGAUGGCGGGAACGGGGGACGGCGGACACCAUCCGCACGCCGAGGAAAACAUGCUACUAUCGUACUUUCAAGCAUUUGACUCGCCGGGGUCAUAUCCAAUUGUCGACGCUAUGCUUUUAAGGCGUGGCGAGCCUUGCAGCAACUGCGCCGGAUAUUUUACCCUAGGGGGCAAGCAUCUACGGCCGAUCGACGGAACACCGACAUUCCGGGCCAAGUUCACGGCCCGAUCCGACCGCUCCUAUACCCCGGUAUUUCAUCUGGCACGUGAACUCGACGCUGCUCAACGGACUACCCUAUGGGCCCAGCUAGCGCGGAUGCGGACGGACGAGCCCGGAGUUAUCGUCGCCUCUAGCGUUGACGUCCCGGUCGGUCAGGCUUAUUAUCUGCUCCACGACUCCCCUUGGUACGCUAUCAAUGGCCAAGAGAGCAUGACAGACGCGCAGAUUGCAGAAGCGAUUGCUAGACAGGGGGUCCUCCCGACUUACUGGAUUGGGAGGUGAACGGUAUAAUACGAAAAUCCGAUAUGAUUGAAACCAUAAGACUCUAAAGUAAGAGUGUAUUGUUAUUGUACAACACGAGAUGGGCCGGUCCCAUCGUCAAACGUCAUAUCAAAGUCUGUCGGCUCGAUAAUGGGGCGUUCAUUG